AUGGAUUCACUGUUACUCCAGGAGUUGGAGCUCACGCUCGACGAGCAACAAGCGGUGCCAUUGUUCUACGCGGAUCUCGAGGUCCUGGAUGACCCGGCGGUGCCUUAUGAGACCAAGAAGUGGAUGUUCGACACAAUUUUGAAGGAGGCAGACCAGGCCAUCGCGGCCUUAGAGCUCCGCGCCAUGUCCUACGGCUGGCCCAGCACCCAGACUCAAGAAACGUCGCUGGCGACUUUGCAGAUCGGGCAGGCCUCGACAUCACCUGGGCAGACAAUCGCGCCAUCACCGCUGGUUUCGUCGACGCCGGCUUCUUCCCUGCAGGCGAAGAGAGCAAAGCCGAGCAACGUGUAUGAAACAGAGCACCAGCACCCGAUUCUCACAGCAGAGCUCGUUGCUCCUCCCACCUUCCGCUACAAAGGCGUCGUUCAGAACAUGGAUCAUUUCGAGGAGCUCGACGAUGCUUACGAACGGCACGUCAAGCGCGCAGCGGGCAAGGCGCCCCACGAAGACGCUUCCUGGCCAUCGUCGGCCGAACAGCAACGCGCCUAUGUCAAAAGCCUCUUCGACCACGUUACAGACCUGGGAAACUUUUACGAGUUGAGAAAGGCACGCGAGCGCCUCGCCAAGCUUGAAAGUCAAUACGGUCGCGGAUCAUCCGAGGCUGCCGAGACCACCUCCAGGAAGCGAAGAAGAGGUGCGGAGGGACAGGAUGCCGGUUUCGACGUCGCUGCUCGGCCGAAGGGCAUUAGCAAGACGGACUGGGCCCUGACGGACACCGAGAGCACACCCGUGGAGCUCCUCGAAGCAGUGAUUCACUAUCACAUCUCCGACGUUGAGAUUGAGCUUCUUUGCUGGAGACUGCUGGUAAGAGAUGAUCCCCGUCCUUUAAUGAAGCUGGAACAUGGCUAA